CCUCACUGCGACGCGGACUCGCCCAUCCGUCGCCAGCGCGGACACCACCACGCCGCCGCGUCUCGCCGGGAAGCUUCCUCCCGGCCGCCACGCGUACCGUCCUGUACGGACACCCCCUGCUCCGCCGCCUCACGCGCCUUCCCUUCCCGACCACCACCACCACCACCGGAGAGCUGCUGCUCACUCACUCCUCACUCGCUCAGCUCACCCAGCUAGCUGUCUAUCGCGCCCAUCGCGGUAUAAAGGUGGCGGCGGCAUAGGCGGCCCGGCCGGAGCUCGAUUCGCGUCGUGUCGGAGCCUCGGAGAGGGUUGCGCUUCUGCAGCACACGGCGUUGCGGAGGACAUCCGGAGAUGCGGCUUCUUCGGCAGUCCUCGAUGGGUGGAGGUGGCGGCGGCGGCGGCGGAGGGAGGGGGUUGAGGCGGGUGGACAGCUUGCCGAGGUCGCCGCUCGCGCUGGCCAGGAGCGAGUCCAUCAAGAAGAGGGACACGAAGAAGAAGGGGUCAAGGAGGGCGCGCCUCCGCGCGGGGAUCUCCGCCGCGCUGCGCGAGCUCCACCUCGGCGGCGGCCGCAGAGCAGGAGGACGAGGCGGCGGCGGCCGCGGGGACGGUGACGGAUCGGUACCGGUGGCGGCGCCGGGCGUUGGGGUGGUGCUGCCGCGCGCCUCCCCUGACGCCGGCACGCGGGACGAGGGCGACAGGGGAACGGUGGCGGGGAGCGAUCGCCGCCGCCGGAGCUGGGCGGUGGCGGUGGCCGUGGUGCUCGUCCUGGCGUGCGUGGUGGCGCUCGGCAGGGGUCCGGCCAUCUGCUGCAGCACUUGCGCCGCCUGGUGGUGCGGCGGCAGGGCGACCGACCCCCGCGUGCCGGCGCGGCGCCCGCCCGCCACCGGCAUAGCAGCGUGCAGCCGCCGCAAGCUGGUUGCUUGAAACAGUAGUACUCAGAGCGGAAAAAAUCAUAUAGGAUAUUGCUCAUUAAUAGUUUUCUUUUGGGAAUUUGCAUGGAUGAUAUUAUAAUUUUAUAAAAUUCGAGAAAUGUUAUUAUGAUCUAUGUGUUAUUGAUUCAUGCGGAUCUCAUUGAUUCAUGCGGAUCUCAUGUCUCAUUGGAUACCAAUAGCAUAUCUCUAAUUUUACUAAAUUAUAAUAGUAUAUUUGUAUUUUUUUUGUUUUUUAAGCAGGGCUCGUACAAAAAUUAAAUGCCACACAAAGAAAGGUCGAUCAACUGCGGCAAAGCGGAGGCAAGACGCGCCGCCGUGCGCGCGCGCAGCAAAGCGAAGGCAGGAGCCACCUACAUGCAUGCGGCGGCCGGUAGCACCGCACCUAUCCGGCUAGGACCCGCUGGAAAUCAGUCGAGUCUUCCCAACGGGAUUUUUUUGUUGUUGCAUCUAUCCUUUCGUCGAAUCGUUCUCGUGGAGGGGUCCAGUUUCUCUGUAGUAACACUGUUCUUGUGUGUUAGCACAGUAAAUUAAUACCAUGAACUUGUCGGAAUGAUAGUAAAUUAA